AUGAACAGCCACACACUGAGUAUUAAUAGCAAGCCGUUUUUUCCGAGCAUGCAAAGCACAUCGUUGGAUAAUCAUCAUGAAAAUCAAAAUCUAGGAAGUAAUAAUAUUCAUCAUGGUAACCACACCAAGGCACAAUCAUCAUCAACACUCGAUCAACAAUUGAAUAAUCAAGAGAAGCUGAACAAGAAACAAAACCGAAAGAAGGGAAAUAUGAAAUCAGAGGAAAUGCACAUACGAAACAAUGAAUUAAAGGAAUCGAAUAUGGAAAAUGCAAACGUCAUCAAUAAUAUUUCGCAAAACCGCAAACAAUCAAAACGGAUAAAAGGAACACAAAAUUCACAAACUCCGAUACCCAAUCAUUCAUUCAUGACUACCACUCAGACACAAUCGGAAUUAUCCAACGCUUUGGAUCGUGUUCAUGCUCAUCAAUACUCUCAAAAUUUCCCUUCCGUGAACGCAUCCAUUUCUUCGACAUCCUCUUCUACAAUCACUCCGGUACCAUUUUCCUACAAGGAUAUUUUACAAAGCAAGACGAGUGGAAUUUUAACAAAUUCUGAAAUUUUGCCUCAAAAGAGUGUUGUCGUUGCAGCACAUUCAAACAAUAAGCAACAACACAUCUCUAAACAGCCUGUGCUGGAUGUUAUCAACAACAAUACCAUUAAUAGUAGCACACCAACACCACAGACGGCAGCUACACAAACAAAAGAACUAAAGUCGGAAAAAAAAGCAAACCAGUACUCAGGAAGCCUCUAG